AUGAACACUCGUCCAACGUCAAACAUUGUCACUAGCCAACAACAGCACCAGCAGCAACAACAGUAUUUUAACAACAAUUCCGUAGCGAUUAGGCAGGAGAUACAGAGGUUUGAGAGCGUACACCCCAGUAUUUACGCCAUCUAUGAUCUAAUUGAGGCCAUUCCUGAUUUGUUAGUGCAACAGCAGCUGAGAGAACAUGGUAUUCUUGGUACUGUUAAUAGUGGCAAGUCUGCACUGGUGCAUAGGUAUUUGACUGGUACAUAUCUACAGGAUGAGUCGCCUGAAGCGCAUUUUACCCAAUGGGUUGAUGCAGUUGUCUUUGUAUUCAGUUUAGAGAAUGAGAUCAGCUUCAAUGCCAUCUACAGUUAUUUCGCGAAGAUGGCACAUCACCACAGCACUGCUGGGGGCCAGCAACUUCAUGACAUCCCUAUCAUUUUAGUUGGGACUCAAGAUGCGAUCAGUGAAAGUAACCCAAGGCUGAUCGACGACUCUCGAGCCAGGAAGUUGGCCGCCGACUUGAAGAGAUGUACAUAUUAUGAAACUUGUGCCACCUACGGUUUGAAUGUGGAAAGGCAGCAGGUUCAGAAGCAGGCAUAUGACUCCAGUAGCUCGGGCUCUGGCAGUGGUGUCUUGAUGUCGUCGGCGCCAUUUUCUGUGGGUUUACUGAUGAAGAAGAGCAACAAGCCAUUGAAUAAAGAUUGGAAGAAGAAAUACGUAACGCUACUUGAUAAUGGCGUUUUGGCUUACCAUCCAAGUUUACAUGACUAUAUGAACAAUGCUAAAGGCAAGGAGAUAAACUUGCUUAGGACGACGGUCAAGAUACCAGGCCAGCGACCCAGGGGUUCAGAGAUGCCCAAGUUGGGAUACCAACAAUUUUCAAGUAUCGACGCUCCGAAUGAACUGGCCAGUAACGUUGAUGUUGAUAGCUUAGAGUUCCACCUCGUUUCGUUGGACAAUACAGUUUGGCAGUUUCAGGCUCAGUCCCUUGAGGAACGGGAUGAAUGGGUUACAGCCAUUGAACAACAAAUAUUGAUCUGCCUACAAGCCAAUCAGAGUGAUAAGUCUAAAGGCGGAGUUAUGAUGAUGGCUGGAGGUGACAACAACAGAUCAUUCAUCCAAAGAAUCAGAAACGUUAAAGGGAAUAAUAAAUGCGCAGACUGCAACGCUAUCAACCCUGAUUGGGCCAGCCUAAAUUUAGGCACCUUGAUAUGCAUAGAGUGUUCCGGUAUCCAUAGAAAUCUCGGCAGCCAUCUGUCUAAAGUGAAAUCUCUAGAACUAGAUGAGUGGCCGAACAGUUUAGUGCAAGUAAUGGUGAGCAUUGGCAAUAAUCUGGCAAAUGAAGUCUGGGAAGCCAACAUGAGAGGCAGGGUCAAACCAGACCCAUAUGCUAACAGGUCAUAA